AGAUGGCGGACGAACUGAAUAGUGUAGCAACGCAACUUUUUCACAUUUGAAUGGUUUAUUUUCGCUUAGUGGUUGAUAAUCAAAUAUAAAUAGUUGAUUUUGCUGUGUAUCAUGGCCAAGAAAAAGUCUCUCGUUUCUUCAAAGGGAAAACCAAAUAAAACUUUGCAACAGAAAAAGAACAAGAAAAAAACUAACAAUCUUCCAUCGAAGUUCAGGAGAAAGAAAAGAAGAGACGAAGAGGCUGAUGAGUUUGUUGAGGUGGAAACUGAUGGACUCUAUAAUCAUGAACAAGAUGAAGAUUUAAGACAUCAUAAUGAUGUUGAAGAUGAUGAUGAUGAUGUUGACGAUGAGGCUGGACUUGAUACCAGAGGACUUGUCACUCAACACAUCAAAAAGAAGAAAAAAUCAGGAGGAUUUCAAUCUAUGGGCUUAAGUUUCCCAGUGUUUAAAGGAGUUAUGAAGAAAGGCUACAAACUUCCCACGCCUAUUCAAAGAAAGACAAUACCAGUAAUUAUGGAUGGGAAGGAUGUGGUGGCCAUGGCACGUACAGGUUCUGGUAAAACUGCAGCCUUCUUGAUACCAAUGUUUGAAAGACUCAAGGCCCAUUCAGCUAAGGUUGGCGCUAGAGGACUUAUCCUAUCACCAACCCGUGAGCUGGCCCUCCAGACCCUGAAAUUCACCAAAGAGCUGGGAAGGUUUACUGGCUUGAAGGCUGCUGUUGUGCUAGGUGGAGACAGUUUGGAAGGUCAGUUUGCUGCAUUGCAUGGAAAUCCAGAUAUUAUCGUAGCCACUCCUGGACGGUUUCUUCAUGUUGUGAUGGAAAUGGACCUGAAACUUACAUCGGUGGAAUAUGUUGUGUUUGAUGAGGCUGACAGGCUCUUUGAGAUGGGAUUUGCCCAGCAACUUCAUGAAAUCCUGAACCGUCUUCCAGACUCCAGGCAAACUCUUUUGUUUUCUGCAACUCUUCCAAAGCUACUGGUGGAUUUUACCAAAGCAGGCUUGACUGAUCCUGUGCUUAUAAGACUGGAUGUUGACUCCAAACUUAGUGAACAGCUCAAGCUGGCUUUCUUUUCGGUGAGAUCAGUCGAUAAACCAGCUGUGCUAUUGCACAUUCUUCAAAACGUGAUCAAACCAAGUGAACAGACCCUCAUAUUUACGGCCACAAAGCAUCAUGUAGAAUACUUGAAGGAGCAAGAAAGAUCAACAUUGGCAAGUUUCAACACAAGAAGACAAACGUGAUGGUUGUUACCGACGUGGCCGCUCGAGGAAUUGACAUUCCCAUGUUAGACAACGUUAUUAACUAUAACUUCCCAGCCAAACCGAAGCUUUUUAUUCAUCGAGUGGGUCGCGUUGCAAGAGCCGGUCGAAGUGGGACAGCUUACUCCCUUGUGAGCGGUGAUGAGCUAGCCCAUAUGGUGGAUCUUCAUCUUUUCCUUGGUCGACCGCUAAAGUUUGCUGGAAAGGACUCGCAGGCUCAAGAUGAUGGGCUUAUAGGUACGGUUCCUCAGCUGCUCGUAGAUGACGAAGAUAAUUUUAUGAAAACGGCGCACGACAAAUCACAUGACUUGGUUUCUCUUCGACAAGUUGCUGCUAAUGGAUACAAGCAGUACAUCAAAUCCAGGCCGAAUGCUUCAUCAGAAUCUGUGAAGAGGGCGAAAAAGAUUGAUACUGGCGCGCUUUCUAGUCAUCCUUUAUUCAAGUUAUCCUCCAAAGAGGCGACAUCUACCAAGGUCGACAUUUUGGAUGGUGUGAAGAACUUUAGACCUAAGCAGACUAUUUUUGAGAUUGGUUCCACAUCAAAAUCUACGGCACAAUCCAUUAUGAUGUCAAAACGAAAACGUCACAGUGACGUAAUUCAAAGAGCUCGGCGGCUGAAACUAGAUGAUUUGACCUCUGAUCAGGGGAGGGGUGGUGGUGCCGAACAAGAGCCCGAGGAGACCGGUCCAACUACAGAUGAAAUCCAAGGAGUUUUCGCAACUGUGUUUGAUCCUAGCCAGAAAAAGAAGCAUAAAGGAUCCAAGUUUGAUCCUGAAGGCCUUGUCAAAAAUUUCAGAGACGAGAAUUACAUUCCCCAUACCGCUGCGGAUCACCACGGAGAGAAAGGACUGGGGCUUGGCUUGAAGUCGUUUGAAAAGGACGUAUCUGGCGCUGUUAUGGAUAUACAAGCUGACGAAGCUGAAGGAAUGCGACAGGCUAAGACAAUCAAAAAAUGGGAUCGUAAAAGGAAAAAUUUCGUUGGUGAGGACGGAAAUGUAAAGAAAAUCCGAACUGAAAGUGGCAUUGGGAUUCCAGCUUCCUACAGAAAAAACAUCUACCGGGACUGGUUACAAAGACACAAGAUGGACGUUCCCGGAUCCGAAGAUCGUGAGGAGAAUGGAGCGAGACCGGAAUAUAGAAGAGGCAAGAAAGGUAACGGUGGAAGCAAAUACUCGGCCAACAGGAAAGGAGUGGCGGGGAAAAGCUUCAAACCGCGUGGGAACGAACUAAAAUCCAAGGAACAAAUACUUAAAGCUCGACACAGGAAGCAACAAACUAUGCAGCGGCAAAAUAGAGGAACACAGAAGGGAAAAGGCGUAAAAGGAAAACCGGGCAAAAAAAAGUGAAGGCGGGGAAUUAGCGACGUUUCCGGCGCCUUUUCGUGGAACCUUCGGAAGCCGUCCAAGGAGUUACCGCUUAAUAUUCUCCAAUCAUAAUCGGCUACGUGUUUUGGAAGUUGUAACUCGGUCUAUGAUAAACUCUAUGCUCAUUUCAGGUUCAGUAUGGCUUUACAUAGAAAACCGUGGGCACCAGCAGUAGGUCAUCGAUUGCGUUAAAAAUGAGUUGGCUUGAACUUCGUCGACGAAACGAACUGAACAGUCGACGGUACACGAAUACAACUUUGUGGAAGGGAAUUAGUGCGCAGAAUCUUGAAAGCGGAAGUCUGUAGCAAUUAAUAUUUUUCCACUUUUAAACCGAAUAUCCUAAUAUCUUAUUCUGGUCAGUAUCUCUCUUGUUCAUCUUAAAGAUAUUUCAGAUUGAGACAACUUGGGGUCAAGUUUGAAACAUCUUUUUCGUUGGUUAAUUUUUCUUCUCUAUUUUGAUACGUGCUCGAAACGCAUCUUUAACGACUUCACUGUAGAAUGGUUCAUCAAUUUUAAGGUCAUUUCUGGUCAUUUUGCAUAGUGAUUUUACUUCAGCCCCUGAAGGGAAAGGAACAAGAGCGGACCCGACAAAGGAAAACUUAAAUUGCGUAGAUUGGUCUUCCUUUCUCUGGUAACCACCGGACCAGGCUGACCUCUCGGUAUUGUUUUGCGAGAAUGAAUAAAAAACGUUGCGAACUGCUGCGAAAACGGAACUUUAAAGAAUUUUGUACUCUUCAUACAAGGAUCUUGUACUUUUCCUUGCAAAUUUGUCCCAGUUCCUCUCACGUUAAAUCAUAACCGGAAUUUUUAAUUUCAAUAUUGGAUAUGUUAUUUAUUAAUAUACUACCUUAUUGCCCCUAUCAACUUGUUUUCCAUAAAAAUCGGUGUUUUUUGAUCGGUAAUACCAAUAGGAGUGAACUAAUACACACAAGUCCUCCAGUUCUCUGUUUUUCGGUCAGACCAUGACUAAAGUAACUUUACAGCAUAAUAGUAGUAUCCUCUAGUGAGACGAAACCUUUGAAUUAAAAGUUGAUUGGUGGGUGAGAUAUUUUGGAGAUAUGAUUAACUGAAAUAGAACGAGGAUGAAUUACAGAUGGAUUAAAGUUGCACGCCUGAA